CAUACCUCUAUGUCUAUGUCCUGUGACAAGUUGUCACAUUACGCCAGUACGUGUAGAUAUUACUGGAGAAUCUAUUAAUGUCGAAUUUGUACCACGUGGUUUUUGCCGGUUACGAUAAAUUAUACGUACGAUUUGAUUAUAGGAUACACUAAUUGAUGCAAGAUGGCAAAACAGCUGACAGACCAAAUUUUAGAAUAUCUAGACAGCCAUGAUGAAACAAAUUCGCUGGAUUUAGCAGACGAGUUUCAGGAGGAUCAUCAGAAGAUCAUAGGAGCUAUCAAGAGCCUUGAAACAAUGGACAACUUGAUCAUGGUAAAACCAAUCUCUAAAAAGAAAUGGGAGAUCACAGCUGAAGGACAACAUAUAAUAGAACAUGGCAGUCACGAAGCGGUUAUUUACAAUGCUGUCCCUGAUAAAGGAAUACCUCAAGCAGAGCUUAUGAAAUCUAUUCCUUAUGCUAAAGUAGGUUUUUCCAAGGCAAUGGUUGCCGGAUGGAUUGAGCUUGAUAAAAGUGGAAGCAUUCCUAUUGUACGAAAAAAAAUACCAUCUAUUGUAGAUACCAUACAAAUACAUUUAAAGGAUCUUGCAAAUAUUCCAGAGAAUGUUAAAACUGAAUAUAAAAAGAGAAAGCUUCUGCAAGAUAUAGUAACUAAAAUUAUGCAUCUGGAAAAAGGGCCUAACUUUUCUAUAAAAGUAGAAAAAUUAGAAGCAGACUUAACAUCAGAUUUAUUAGUAAAUGGUGCUUGGAAAAACAAGAAAUUCAAACCGUACAAUUUUGAGGCACUAGGUGCUGCGCUUCAGAUCGGGCAUCUGCAUCCAUUGUUAAAAGUACGUCAAGAAUUUAAAAAAAUUUUUCUGGAGAUGGGAUUUACAGAGAUGCCGACAAAUAAUUAUGUAGAAAGUUCUUUCUGGAAUUUUGAUGCUCUGUUCCAGCCACAGCAACAUCCCGCUCGCGAUGCACAUGAUACCUUUUUUGUCUCUGAACCACGUAUUACUACAAAAUUCCCUAUGGAAUAUCUUGAACGUGUGAAAACUGUUCACAGUAAAGGAGGAUAUGGAUCUCAAGGUUAUAGAUAUGAUUGGAAAUUGGAAGAGGCACAGAAAAAUUUGCUGCGCACUCAUACAACAGCUGUUACUGCACGGAUGUUAUAUAAACUCAUGCAGGAGGGAGAGUUUAAGCCGGUGAAAUACUUCAGUAUUGAUAGAGUAUUCCGCAAUGAAACCUUAGAUGCAACACAUCUUGCAGAGUUUCAUCAAAUUGAAGGUGUCGUUGCCGAUUAUAAGCUUUCACUCGGUGAUCUUAUCGGCAUUAUAUACGAAUUUUUCAAAAAGCUUGGCAUUACUCAGCUUCGUUUCAAGCCUGCAUAUAAUCCAUAUACUGAACCAAGUAUGGAAAUAUUCUGUUUUCACAAUGGCUUGGAGAAAUGGAUAGAGAUUGGUAACAGCGGCAUGUUUAGGCCUGAAUUGUUAUUGCCACUGAAUGUACCUCCUGAUGUAAAUGUUCUCGGAUGGGGUUUGUCCUUAGAAAGACCAACAAUGAUUAAAUAUGGUUUGAACAAUAUACGCGAUCUUGUUGGACCAAAGGUGGACAUGGAAAUGGUUCAUAACAAUCCUAUAUGUCGAUUAGAGAAAACCAGUCGUUAUAUGAUGCGUUUAAAACGGGAAAUGCAAGAAGAAAAGUCAAUUAAAACCGAUCAGUCAAAUCAAGAAACAAAGAUCGAGCAAACAGCGAAAUAUCCUUCAGAAAAGCUAAGGUUUUCUAAUCAACAUUUUGUUAUUUUUUGCGAUCCAAAUUAUCCAAUUUAUUUCAUCGAGCCUUUAUUACGACUCGUAAAACCAUAUUUUAAUGUUUCUGUGUCAACAUAUGUUCAUUCUACAGUAACAAAUUUUCCUAAUGAGCUUGCCGGAUUCUGUUCAGAUUUUUCUAGCAUGAAUGCACACGCGAAUAUAUCUUUAAUUUUGAUUUGGAAAACCGUCGGGAUUGAUCCUAUUAUGGUAUUACCAGGAAUGCAUAAAAUUCAGGGAAUAGUAAAUGUGGCCCGAUAUUUAAAUCGUUUAAUUGAACUGAGCAAUGCAAAUGUAUUAAAAUAUGAACGAAAUGGGCCACUUUACGCGAGUAAGAUAGAUACUUAUUUAGAUAAAAUACAUUGCAUUUUGCAUGGUAUUGCAAAUACUACCAUAUCACAAAAAAUUCAUAAGAAGUCACGUUAUGUGAUGGGUGAGAAUAUCUCCAUAAUCGAUUUUAUUCUGGAAUCUAUUGACAAGUAUAAAGUAAGAAAGAACUAAUUUAUUAAAAUUUAUUUAUUUUGUGAAUAAUAAAUUUUAUGUAAGAAAAAAAAUGUAUGUAUAUUUGAAUUACAUACACUGUACACAUAUAAAACUUUAAAGAUAAAGUAAUCUCCCUCCUCUCUUCUCCUUCUCCUUUCCUUUGAAAAGGAGGGAGAUCCGAACAGUUUGCGUAUUUAAGUCGGGCUUUUCAUUAAAGAGAUAUAAGUUUAUAAAAGACGUUGCCAAUAACGUGGACAAAUUUUCUUGUCAGAAUUUUGUCCCGAAGCCAAUAAGUAAGUACAUAAAAUAGGCGUGCGAUGGCAAUUUCUAAGACUUGAUUUUUAAUAGGUCCACCGACGAUCGCGUCAGCAGCGGAUUCGCUCGUGUAUCUAUAUCCAAUCCACAUUGGACGACGCAUCAUUGCGACUCGUGCACUUUCGCAGAGAUCAUUCGGAAGCGUCACGGUUGCGCAUUAUUGUCGCGUGUAUCGUUCGAAGAGUGGAAGCGGUGGAAGUGACACGCAAUGUGAGGAUCAGUUUGUGUUACGGCGUAUUGUAUUAAAGAAAAAUUAAAAAAAAAUAAAAAAAAAAAAAAAAAAGAGAGGAGAACUAGGGACGCGCGGAUCUAUGCACAAUUGCGCAUCGACGAUAUCACCGUACAUGUACGAGCAUCCAGAGUCCUGCGAGAGCUAACCCGUUGAAGGUGAACAUUUUCGGAGAGGAGGUUGUGUUCAACGGCGCGAUACGCGCGAGCGAUUGUAUGCGUGCGUACGCGCACAUGUAUACGCAUGAACACGAUAUUAAACGUAAACUAGCGUGGUGUUUUAGACACAAUAAUACAUAUAUAUUGCGAAUUCUCGUACGUGUGGACGACGUCGAGCGAGACGAGUAUCGUGCCGCGGUGAGGUCGUGAACUCGCGUGCGAGCGAGAGAAAGAGAGGGGAGAAAGAGAGAGAGAGAGAGAGAGACAUAGCGAGAUUGUUCGAGAAACAUCGAUGGCGAUUGCUCAGGGCCCAGUAUAACGUGCUCGGACCCUGUCUGUUCGUCAAGGUUAAAGAAGACGCGACGAUUCGUCGUGUGGAAUGUGUCUCGCUAAAAUGGCGGUGUGAUCGGCAUCGUCGUCGAGCGUUAGGGGAAGAAGGAAA